AUGCUGGAACAUGCCGGCGCGCACUUGAAGCCAGGCUUGGGAGACAGAUCGCGGCCCGAUGCCUCACAGCCAACACGCCAACCAUUGGAUCCAGAUGGUAAGCCCAUCAUGUUUUUCCCAACGUCCACCUCUGUGAAAUCGCUUUCGGCGGAAUGUGCUGAAUUCUUGCCUGCGGCAGCCCCGACGUUGGGCGAAGCCAUCACCGAUUUGAGCAGAUUGCAACUUGUCCUGGCAGUUCCUACUGUUUCCGCUUUGCGGCAUGCCCGGCCGUUGCGUCGGCAUGAAAACGAACUGUAUGUUGCGCAGUUUGUGCUGCAAUCAACGCACGGCAAAUUCAACAAGUAUCUGUCAACUCCAGAGGGCAAGUGCGAGUUACAUCCUUGCCUCAAGAUGGGGCCAGCAGAUGUCAUAGAUGGGGAAGAUUUGGACGGCGAUGGUUCCUUUGGCUUUUUGAAUGAUGGCACCCCAGUCAUUUACCAGACGAACGGCAUUGCCCGGACUGAAGAAGCAUUAUGCAACAAAGCAAUCAAGUGCUGUCGCACAGGGGCACCGGGGCACUACAUGGAAACGCGAAUGCUGGUGUCUCGCAGGCGGGACACCACAGGUUUGCCAUGCUCUGGUCUUGCCCGUGCGAAGACUAUGCGAUCACGAGAAGAUGUUGUCGCGAAUUUGUUUUAUUCCUUUACAAGUACGUGGCAAAUUUAUGCGUGUGCAGCGCCUGUUGGGGAACUUGGGGAUGAUGAUUCCGGCGAGCGCAUAUUGGUACGACGGUCGGUGCGAAACUUCGUUCAACAUCAUUUUCAUGAUUUUCCAAUCGCAAAGCAUUUGGCUGACCUUCUCGACCGAGAAAACCAGUUGUUGGUGAACAAACACAGCUUGGGGCAAGACAAUGUGGAGCGAGAGAUGUACGAGUAUGAUUACUAUACGUUACGUGCCUGGCAAACUUACGAAUGCGAGGGCAAACCUCCCGAAGAAGACCUUGGCCGCCGUCUUGUGGAUGCUGCUAGGAACGGUCAAGUGUCUGAAGUCGUUCACUUGGUGAAGAAUUGUGGCUGUGAUUUGGACACCAUUGUGGCAGAGUUUGGUUGCAUCGGCAGUGGAAAAACGGGUAUAUUUACACGUAACCCGUGUGGGUACGCGGAGGAGCGCACAGCUUUAAUCGCCGCUGUGCAGGCAGGAUGGCAGUCUGUAGUAGAAUUGCUCCUGGAGUUUGUCAGGGAUGGCAGAGGUAGCGUCAACGUAGUUUGCCAUGAGUGGAACCCCAAAGGAAUUGGUGGGGAAUGUUUGCGCCCUUGCUAUACGGCUUUGGAUCAAGCACGGUUGUAUCAUCGCGAUAUGCUUCUCCCUCUUCUCAGCGCUGCAGGCGCUCUUUCUCACAAAAAAUGUAAGCGAGUCCGGCGCACAAACCCUUUCGAUGUCCGAGCGCAUCAAGACAAAGGAGACAAAUACACCAGCUUCUCGGAUGAGAAACCGACUGACAGUCAAGAGGAUUUCACCUUUUUCGAGUGGGCAGACGAAGCACAGAUGGACGACGAAAUGAAGAACAUCAUCUCAGAGUUGAAGACGGAGUUGCGUGAUUUCCCGAAGCUGGAAGAAGCCGAGCAGACCAAGUUGUUUCGGAGACUCUGUGCACGAUGGCAUCCAGACAAGCACCCGGAUGACAAGAAAGUGUUGGCCACGCGAGUUUUUCAGUGGAUUCAACAUGUGAAAGUUGAUGCGUGGGAAAGUCGCGCGUGGUCAGCGUAG